AUGGCUGAAGUUAAUAUCACUUAUGUCACUGAAUUCAUUCUCAAGGGAAUUACAGACUGGCCAGAGCUUCAAGCCCCUUGCUUUGUGGUGUUUUUAGCCAUCUAUGUGGUCACGGUGCUGGGCAACCUUGGACUGAUUACCUUAAUCACGGUUGAUGCUCGACUUCACACACCGAUGUACUAUUUCCUCAGCCACUUGGCCUUUGUUGACCUUUGUUACUCCUCUGCCAUCACGCCAAAAAUGAUGGUGAAUUUUGUUGUGAAACACAACACUAUUUCUUUCCAUGCUUGUGCAACACAACUGGGCUGUUUUCUCACCUUCAUGAUCACUGAGUGUUUUCUUUUAUCUUCCAUGGCCUAUGACCGCUAUGUAGCCAUCUGUAGUCCCUUGCAUUAUUCAACACUGAUGUCAAAAAGAGUCUGCGUUCAAUUAGUGGCAGUUCCAUAUAUAUACAGCUGUCUGGUUGCACUAUUCCAUACCAUUAUCACCUUCCGUCUAACUUACUGUGGCCCCAACGUAAUCAACCAUUUCUAUUGUGAUGACCUCCCUCUCUUGGCUCUGUCCUGCUCAGACACACACAUGAAGGAAAUUCUGAUCUUUGUCUUUGCUGGUUUUGAUAUGAUCUGUUCCUCUUCCAUUGUCCUCACUUCCUACAUCUUUAUUAUUGCCGCCAUCCUAAGGAUCCGCUCUAUCCAGGGGCGACGCAGGGCCAUCUCUACCUGUGGCUCCCAUAUGGUGGCUGUCACUAUUUUCUAUGGCACACUCAUCUUUAUGUACCUACAGCCCAAAUCAAACCACUCCCUGGAUACAGACAAGAUGGCAUCUGUAUUUUACACAGUGGUGAUCCCCAUGUUGAACCCCUUAAUCUAUAGUCUAAGAAACAAAGAGGUGAAAGAUGCCUCAGAGAAAGCCUUGGACAAAGGUUGUGAAAUCUUAAAGAUAUUAAAAUUAAGAAAAUAA